GUACACGCAGAAUUCCUGCACUAGGGUCUUUAGCUCAGGAGGAGUUUCUCCAGUCCAUUUCUGGAGGGGCUCAACCACCGAUUCUUGUGCUUGCUGAACCACAAUGCAUAACUGGUUAAGUUCCUCAGUGUUACCACUGACAUUCUACAUGUAUGCAACAUGUAUGGUGAGGUGAUCAAGAUCAAGAUCACCCAGACGAUUCACAAACCUCAUAGAUUUGAAUAAAUCUAAGAAGCGUGUUUGGUAUCUGAUCAAGAUUAGCGAUGGGAGCGAACUUGAGGCCAGCAGCCGCAGUUUCGAGAAGUAGUUUGGUGGUGUCGAUGAUUGUUUCCUUCAAAUCGCCAUCAGAUUUACGAUGCACUGAUUUCGCUGGCACUGAUGAAGUAGCUGUGACUGACGAUCCAAGUUCUUGUUGCAUGUGGACGCUCGGGUCGUCGUUGCCAAUGGCAAGUGCACUGCCCAUCACUCGUGGGAAAUUGGUAUUGGGAGGGGACAGCGAUGGCCGUGAGUCGUUCGUAGAUGUCUGGACGGAAGCAGUUGGCAUGGAAUGUUUGGAUUGGGAUGUGCUUGAUUGGUUUCGACGACUGGGAGCGGGACGGGGACUUCUCCGAAAUGGCCUGAGUAGCUUGUCUCGGAAAGAUGUUCGUUGCUCCGUGGUAUCAUCCUGCAAGACGCCACUAGAAAGUAGAAGGGCGGGCGCUGUAGUAAAGGCGCCAGAAUGCAGCCCUGCGGGGCUGCCGUGGUCUUUGUCGUUCGUUCUGUCAUGUGCGGUGGCAGGCCCGAUGAUCUCGUUCUUGGAGGCAGGCGGAGUUGAGACCUGCGACAGAGCAUCAGGAGGCUCGGAAGGGUGCUGUGGCUUCUUGAACCGGGAGGAGAUUUAGGAUCACCGGGCAUGAUGUUGGUGUGGCUAGCGAUCAGAACGGCGUGUGUUAAAGAAGACGUUUGGAAACAGGCCGCCCAGCUACUCUCACAUUAUAUAUACAUGUUAACUGGCGACUGCUCCUCGUGGACGUAACGGGUAAAAAGUAGACCGCCGAUGGAAAUUAGCGAAUCCUUCCUUGCUUCGAAACGACCACGCACGUGCACGCCUGGCUGCCCCAUAAAUAGCGUAAAGGGUUAAGCUACUCAGUAGAGGAGUGCACCAAGUCCAAAGGCAACAAUAC